AUGAAUAGUAGUAGCAGGAGCAAGCCAACAUUCAUGGUGGGAGAAGAAGAAGAAGAAGAAGAAGAAGAAGAAGAAGAAGAAGAAGAAGAAAAAGAAGAACAUUGUCUUUCGACUGUUGUUUCGAGAUUAGAUGGCCGUAAACUUGAUGAAUUCAGACCCAUGAAAAUUCAUUUUGGGAGUGAUUGGGGCUGCUGUAUUGUGACAUUGGGACAAACAAAGGUUAUUGCCCAAGUAUCGUGUGAAGUUCAGCAACCUAAGUCCACUCGUCCAAAUGAAGGUCUUCUAUUAUUAUUUGUGGAACUAAGUCCAAUGGGUGCACCACAUUUUGAAGCAGGAAGACAGUCUGAUCUUGCUGUUCAAUUAAAUAGAUUGCUUGAAAAGUGCAUAAAAGACUCUCGCUGUGUAGAUUUGGAAUCACUUUGCAUUACUGCCGAAGAAAAGGUAUGGGCAGUAAGAAUUGAUGUCAAUAUCCUUAAUCAUGAAGGAAACUUGGUGGAUGCUGCAUCUUUAGCUGCUCUGACAGCUUUGUCUCAUUUCCGCCGUCCUGAUGUUACUACCACAGGAGAACAAACAAUUAUUCAUGAUCCUGCUGAGAGAGACCCAAUACCCAUAACACUUCAUCAUCAUCCUGUGUGUGUUUCAUAUGCUGUUUUUGAUAAAGGAAACCAUGUAAUUGCUGAUCCUACUGCUAUUGAAGAACGUGUUUCUGAAGGUCAGAUUGUAUUUGGUGUAAAUGCUUAUCGAGAGCUAUGUGGACUUCACUUAGGAGGAAAUGCACCCAUUACGUUGGAGAUGGUGAAUAAAUAUGCAACAAGGGCUUCAAAACGGGCCUUGGAAUUAGUCACGCAAAUGAAAAAGGCUCUAGCUGAAGAUCUCAAGAAUAGAAUAUCAGGCAUUGAAGUUGGUUUCAGAGACUGUAUAGAUAGCAAUAACCGUUUAUCAUUAGGAAAAGACAACUUCCAAAUUCAGCUGUUCACUCCAGACUUUAAGAAAGAAAGAGCAAAAAGAGCUAGUAAUAUAGGAGAUGUAAAAGAAGAAAAAAUUAAUGAUGAAGUUAUGGAUGACAGCAGUGAAGACGACAGUGAACCAGUUAUUGUAUCAGUAGGAAAGGGGUCUGCAGAGCUUGUUAAUCCAAAGAAGCAAGAUAUGAAACUCAGAAGAAAACGUAAAUUGCAAAACGAUGAAGGUGGUAAAGAGUAUGAUGUUGGUGAAAGUAGCUCAAGUGAGGAAAGUGAUAAUUUAGAUAAUGUGUCUGAAGACACAAGAAAGAACGUAGAACCAAUGUCAGAUUCUGAAAUACAAGUUGUUGCUGAAUAUAAAGGAACAGAAAAUAAGCCUAAUGAAAACAAAGUAAUAGCGAACAUUGAGCUCAGUGGAGACAGUGAAGAAGAAGAAACGGUUCUAUUGCAUGGUGAAGAUUUGAAGAAUGGUUCCACUGAAAAAGGAAGAGGAAGAUGUCCUAAAGAAGAAAAGAUGGAAGGUGAUGAACCACAUUCAAGAGGCUGGUAUUCCAAACCAACAUGGUGAUGAAUAAAUGUUAACAAGAAUAAUAAUUUAAACAACUUCAAAGUGACAUGUUUAAUUGAAUACUGUGAAAAUUUAUUAUAAAAUACUGUAAACAACCAUGUGCUUUUAUCAUUUUGCGAGACCUUAAUGCUUUCGUUGACAUUGGAAAAUUAUUACCUACAUCAGGAGAAAGGUUCAAGACCUAAAAUUUGACACAUAUCUGUUAGUGUUCAAAACUUGAGUUUGAAAAUAAAGUACUUGGACUCCUAAGACUAAUGUUGAUUUCCUUCAGCUAAUGACUUUAAUUAUCAAAGAUUUACUAUUAUGUAUUUAACUGAAGCCAAUCAAAAUAAGAGAAUUUAAUAAUUCAGAAAAAUAUUUCCCAUACUUACGACUUUAAAGUUUGAUGUUUUUAAUACUAAAUGCAUAAUAGUUUUCAGCAACUGUGAAAUUAAUAUCCUUAGUUAUUUCUAACAAUUCUUAAAAUAAAAAGAAACCUUAUUGAAAAAUGAAGCUUCAAUUCUAUAUCAAUGUUUUAUUCAGCUUUUAGUUCUUUGCUGUUUUAAUUUUCCAAUGUGUUACUUUCUUUACAUUGGAUGAAAAUAAAUGUUUUACUUGAUAAGUCUUCCAAAUCAGUGAUGUAGGAAAUACAAAAGGGAGAUAGGAAAAUUCUUUGAACUCUUUGUAGUCCUUUUAUUAAAAAAUAGAGAACUUAUUUGUAUUAACUACUUGUACUGAUCACAGGUUGAAAAACAUACAAUAGACAAAAAUGUACUUAAACAAGACAGCAAUAAAGAUACCAAUAAAACCAUACCAUAAUUAGCAUAAAAUCAAAUCUCAGCUCUGAAUAUGUUCAAAUUUAGAACUUGUAAUGAACCUCUUGAGCAAAUAGCCUAAUUGUAGCAAAUGUUUAUAAGAUAUUUCUUUAACAGCAACAGAACUGAUCAGAAUUUUUGCUCCUACAACUUCAAUAAAUCUUCAAAAUGAAGAUUAAUUUAAGGAUUUUAAGAUACAAGACAUUGCUUAUUGCCACUCAAGGACUUAUUUCAGUAUUUGGCCAGGUACUACUAAGUUUUCAGACUAGUUAAAUCUUUUCAAAGUUCUGAAUUGCAGAUUUAUCUCACAUUGUCUAAACUUGCACUUGCAAUGCAUUUCCUGCAUUUGCAGCAAUAUUUUUUUAAUCACAAUUUGAGAUAAUGGCAAUUCUAUCCACAACUAUCUUAAUUCUCUUUUGCCCCCACUAGACCCAGAUUGGACGGAAGACUAAUACUAUGCCAAACCUCCACAUUUUGAGCACCUCUCGUGUAACACAUUGAAAAUAAAUACAGCAUCUCUAACAUUAAAUUAAUUAUAAUACAAGCAAAUUUAUUUGGUCUCCUUAGUACGAAAUAUUGUACAAGAUUGUACACUUAAAUCUUUAUUAAUCAUAGAUUUUCAUUCUUGAAAAUGAUAUAUACACAUUAAAUAAAAUGCAUCAUUCAUAAUAAAAAAAAUUUAACUUAACAUAUAAUAAAACAAUGACAAAAACUCUAAAAGAUUCCCACUAAUCAAGGAAUCUGGAUGAGGCAACAAUAUAUUGCACUGUCCCAAUACAGGAAGCUUGGAUUACUUUGAUGUUUUGCAAUAUCAUUUCACUGCCUCAAACAAUUAGUUCUAAAAAUUUUACAAUGGAGUAACACAGAAUUUUGACUGUUUUACAAUCAGUUAAAAUAAAGCAUUAUGACUAAGAGAAACUGUUAAAAGAAGCUUAAAAUACAAUUUGGAGGGAAUGCACACCAAAUUGGGCAUCUUUUACACAAAAACACGAUUUUCAAAAAGAACUUCACAUUGCUGACUACUUUCUUCUCUUGGCUUCAAGAACAGACUCAAAACUUCUACAAACAUUGAGAAAAUAGUUUAUAUCACUAUGCAGCAUCAGACCCAAUGCCAUUUUUCUGGUCAAGUUUGUUACUGUUCGACUUAACCAUAUAAAUAAAGAAUGUCAAGGCUUCUUUCUCUUUCACAGGAAUAGUUUUGAAAUGCUUCAUUAGCGUAUCUGCUAGCUGAGCUUUGUUUGUCCCUGGCCUCGUAGAUACUUUAUAAUGUCUUUUAUAUCUUCGCAAAGUGUUAACCUGAAGCUGAAAAAGAUCGACUUCUGGAACAUCAGUGUCAGUUUCAUUAGAAUCAUCUUCAGAGUCUUUCCUACGCCUGGGCUUAGUUCUUGCCGACUGUAUAACACCUUUAUGAUAAUCACAAAUGUAGAUAUGCCGAGCCACACUAUCCAAGUGAAGCUUCAAUCUCCUUUGGGUCACAGUCUUUUGAAUUCUUUUGCUGUACGAUGCAUUACCUGCUGGUCGGGGGCAUCUCUCGCCAUCGUCAACUAGACAGCAUAUUUGGUCAGGAGGACCUCUCGAGUCUUCCUCCCCAGUACUGAAUCCGUUCAUAUUCUGUCACAAGAGAGCAUCCAGCAAGCACUAAUUUAAGUAUUGUAAAAACUUUUGGAUGCAAAAUAUGACGUUUAGUCAAUUUAUUUCUAACCUCAUAACAAACUCCAGAUUUUUUGAUUUGAACAUUAUUUCACGAAACAGAUUUCCUCCCAAUUAAUAAUAAUUAACACAUUUUAAAAAUAAUUAAAAUUUCCCCACUUCUUUGCAAGGAGCAACACAGACACAACGCGUGAUAUACCUCCCCUCAGCAAUGGCGAGAGGUUUGUUGUUGUCACAGCUCGGGUCAAUACCUGUAGGAUACGAUUGGUUGAUUUAAAUAAGCCACGCCUCCUCAUGAAAAUAACACUGCC